UCCUGCAUGUUCACACACGCACUCGGCUCUAUGCUGCACACACACACACACACACACACACCCUCUCCUCUGACUGUGUGGACUGUGCACAUCAACCAAGAAGCUUUUACGACUCUGCUCGGACAGCAGUGCAGUGACAAGAUUUUGGACCGUUGGUGUGUGUGUCUGAGUGUGUGAGUGUGUGUGUGUGUGUGCUUCGAGGGAAAGUGUUGAUCCAUAUGUUUGGGAUAAAACCGGACAAGUAAUUUUUGGGGUUGUUUUUCGUGGCUAGCAACUCGGAGGCAGAGACUUUUUCUCACUGACGUAAGGACCACUGCUCCUUCUUGUGCCAGUGUCGUCUCGCUCAACAGGAUGACAUGGCGUCCUCAGUACCGCUGCUCCAAGUUUCGCCACGUGUUUGGUAAGGCCGCCACCAAGGAGAGCUGCUAUGAUGGCGUGCCAAUCACAUGCAGCGUCCAGGACAACAACUUCUGCGCAGUCAACCCACGUUUCCUGGCAGUCAUCACUGAGUGUGCCGGGGGAGGGGCCUUCCUGGUGCUCUCCAUCCGCCAUACGGGCAAAGUGGAUCCUCACCAACCCCGAGUAUCGGGCCACAAAGGCAAGGUGUUAGACAUCAAAUGGAAUCCCUUCAACGACUACUGCAUCGCCUCCUGCUCUGAGGACGCCACGGUGAAAGUGUGGGAAAUCCCUCCUCAUGGUGUGAUGAAGAACCUCACAGCACCGUGGAAGGAGCUUCAGGGUCACAGCCGCAGAGUGGGCCUCAUUGAGUGGCACCCGACCGCCAACAACAUCCUCUUCAGUACGGGCUAUGACUACCAGGUGAUGAUCUGGAACCUGGACUGUCCUGAUCAGGUGAUAAAAAACCCGGUACGGACAAUCACCCACCACACAGACGUCGUCCUCUCCAUGUCUUUCAACACAGAUGGCAGCCUCAUGGCCACCACCUGCAAGGACAAGAAGGUCCGACUCAUAGAGUCGCGCUCAGGAAACCUACAGCAGGAAGCCAACUGCAAGACACACAAGGCCAGCAAGGUGCUGUUCCUGGGUAACCUGAAGAUGCUCUUCACAUCGGGCACUUCCCGUUACAACGACCGGCAGUUUGCUCUGUGGGAUCAGGACGAUCUGUCCGUGCCUUUGUCACAAGAGAACCUGGAUGGUUCAUCAGGAGUCCUCUUUCCUUUCUUUGACCCCGACACACACAUGCUCUAUCUUGCUGGGAAGGGUGACGGAAAUAUGAGGUACUAUGAGAUCGGCUCAGAAAAACCGUAUAUCCACUUUCUAACGGAGUACCGCUCAAACGUACCUCAGAAAGGAAUGGGUGUGAUGCCAAAGAGAGGUCUGGAUGUGAGCGCCUGUGAGGUGUUCAGGUUCUACAAACUAGUGACAAUCAAGAAUCUCAUUGAGCCUCUUUCCAUGAUCGUACCCCGCAGGUCAGAGUCAUACCAAGAAGACAUCUAUCCAAUGACUGCUGGUAACAAGCCUGCUCUGUCUGCGGAGGAGUGGCUCAGCGGCAUUGAUAAAGGUCCGGUGCUAAUGUCUCUGAAGCCUGGAAGUCAAGAAGCAGAAUCAUACUCGCAGAUGAGCAAAGGGCGGCAACACUCGCUGGACACUCGCAGGUGUCAGAGCAGACCAGGCAUGCUGCAGCUGUCCUACAUUCAGGACAAAGUGGAAACCAAAGACGACAAGGAGGACGGCGGCAAUACAAAGGACGAGAGGACGAGGACACCCGUCAGCAACGGAGAAGACCUCGACCUUUGUUCUCCGCCCCGGACAGAGAAUGAGCUGCGAAUGAAGUUCUACAAGCAGCAGGAGGAGAUCCGGCGGUUGAAGGAGCUCCUCAACCAGAGGGACGUGCGCGUCAAACAGCUGGAGCUGGAGAUUAAGAACAACAAAAACUCCCAGACUCUCCAGAGCCCACUCUAAGACUUGCCUGACCCACGGGGUCACUUCCACCCCCUCGAGGGACACAUGCGUUCCUGUACAAACCUACUAACCCCAUCUACAAACCACGACACCUGUUCUUAGGGCCCUGACUCACCUCUUUACCUUUAAAGCGCCCCCUAUACUCACUGCACAGGGGUGACUUAAACCUCAACUUUUGUGUUUGUCUGUUUGUUCCACACACACGGUGCACAUAUUCUUUGUUCAUGUACAUACACUCAAACACUGAGUCUCACCCAGCUGUAACAGGAUUUGUAAUUAUUUGCAUCUGUUGAGCUUAACCUUUCUUUUGUACGCUUCAAAGCUAUGCAAGUUAAUUGUAAUUAUUUUUGCUUUAAUGCUCUUUGUAGCUGGAGAUAAAACGGGAUGUCUGUCCCUGUCUUGACUGAAUGAUGUGGCUAACUGUGUGUUUGAAAGUUGUUGCGGGCCAGGAGCAGACAUCCUGUGUGAUUGUGCGAUAAUGCUGAAUAUGUUUUCUAUGCUUGGUGAUUGUUUUAUUUCCAAUAUUUAAACUUCUGUAAGUGGAGGCGGCUGUGGUGUUUUUAAUGUAUGCUUGAAUGUGUGCUUGAAUGAGAGCGAGGCUAAAUUAAUGACAAUAUCAUGAUCCCUGCGGUGCUCCUGCAUUCCAUUGAGCUGCAUUUGUUUUUAUUUUUUAAUGACUGGAAAAUUGAAAAUGAAUCAAUGUGUUUCACAGCAGCUAUUGUGUAAGCCAACUCUGUAACUGAUGCUAUGUAGCAGUUCUUAAUUUUUAUAUUUAUUUUAAAAUACAGGCAAAGAAAAAAUACCAUUUGUUCAAGUACUUAAUUCCCAAUUGUAAUUUUGCUAAAUACCGCACGCAAACAGGACACAACGCAUGCUUUCAUUGUUCCUGAGGUGGAGUCACUGUGAUGAAACAAUUUAAAGCCAUUGUAGAGUCGUCGUCCUGCACUUCUUAUGGGUUUGUUUGUGUUCCACUAGUUUUCAGUUCGGAAUGUAUUUUCUUUAAUGAGGUGCCUGAAACAUGACACUGGGAUUUUCUAUUCAUAUUUCAGGCUGAAAGAGCUUAAAAUAAAAAUGGUUCUUGAGUGGAUAUUAAAAUAUGAGCACAUCAUA